AUGAAAAUGUUUUACUAUCCAGUUUUUUUAAUAUUUAUGUUUAUAAAUAUUAUAAAUAGUUAUACUAUUAUAAUAGAUUUUUCAUCUAAUAUAAACUAUACCGGUUUUAAUUGUGGUGAUAUCAAAGUACCAUGCACAUCUUUUUAUGAUGCAGGCAAAAAAUCAUUCGAUUUAAAUAUUGAAAAUGAAAAAAUUUUAAAUAUUUUUAUUUUAAAUAAAAAUAACCAAGAUUGGAUAUUGACAAAAGGAUCUUCAAUAACUUUUGGAGAAAUAAAUAGUCAUUUUACAAAUAUAACUUUUCAAAUAGUUGAUGAAAAGUUAAACUAUAAUAACAAAUCAACAUUAGUAGUAGAUGGUUAUGAUACCCUGGGUAGUUUUUUAACCCAUAAUAGAAACGAUUUUAAUCCAGAUUUUGGCAAAUACAUUAUAAUAAACAAUUUUAAGUUCAUAAACUGGUAUUAUGAAAAUGGAAUUAUUUCAAAUAUUUACAACAUUUCAUCAAAUAAAUUUUCAAAUAGAAGUUUUAUCUUUAAUAAAUAUAUAACCCAAUAUAAAGGCUCAAUUAUACAAAUGAAAGGUGAUUCAUUUUUAUCAAUGAAAUCAUGUGUUUUACAUGACAAUUAUUUUAGAAAUAGUUUUAUAGAGUUUUAUGGUGUCAGUGUCAAUAUAGAAAUAUUAAAUACAACUUUAUAUUCAAAUUUCAACUUUAAUAUUUUUAUUUCUAUAAAGAGAAGCGAAAAGGAUCUAACAAUGAAUAUUGAUUCAUUUGAAACAGAAAAAGUUUUUUUUUUGGAGUUUUUCUCAUCUGAUCAAAAAAAUAAUACUCUUCAAAUUAGUGACUGCUACUUGAAUAAUAAUUUUUAUGGUGAUAAACAAGGCUUUUUAUUAACGGACACUACAAAUAGUGUUGUAUUAAAAAAUGUAUAUUUAGGAAAAGAUUUUAGUACCGGGAUUGAGGCAUUAAAUCCAAAAGAAAUUAUAUUAGAAAAUUGUAAUAUACAAUCAAAUAUAUCAAUUGAAUCAAAAAAUACAAAAUUAACUUUAAUUGGGUCAAAUUUAUUUUCAAACAUUCCUAAAUUAAUUAAUAGUAGUGAAGUUGUAAAAGAAGGAGAUAAUGAUAGGAAUAUAAAAAUUCAAAAAGAAAAAAAUAAUAUUAAAAAAAAAAAUUUAAAUAUAAUUUUAAUAUCUUGUUUAUUACCGAUUGGUGUUAUCUUACUGGCCAUUUCAAUAAUAUUAAAACUAAAGUUGCAUAUUUCUAAGGUAAAUAGUAGUAUAGAAGGAAACCGAGAUGAAAAGGCACAACCUGAAAAUGAAGGAAAAGAGUUAGAAAAUUUCAAUUAUUAUAAUAAUAAUUAA